UUUUUCUGUUGGAUAUUUUCAUCAGAAUAAAUGAAGAAGCCAUCUAUUAAAAGACAAACCGUGUCACGUCCUGAUCAUUGAAAACCUGCACAACGCAGAACGGAUCCGGUUACACAAUCAUUGUGUCAACAAGGACUUGAAUGGUCAAAUUGUUUGGCAUGAAGGAAUCAACACUUAGUGUUCCCCAGUGAAAGCAGUGAGCGUCUCCGUAGAGCAGCAGACGGACCAGCAGCAGGAAGUAGGCGGGCUCAGCUUCAGGCUCUCAGCUUCAGUGAAACAUGGUCAGAUCACUGAGAAGAACAAUGGAAGGCACAUCUCACUGUCUGAUCUUUCUGAUCUUGUUGCUGAGCUGCUCAACAGAUCCAGUUCUCCCAGUUCAUCUGACUGUGAAUCCCAGCAGAUCUCAGUUUUUUGACCUUGAACCAGUGACUCUGAUCUGUGAGGAUGAAAACAGAUCUGAUGGAUGGACUGUGAGGAGAAACACAAGCAGAGGAACCAGGACUGAAUGUAAAGAUGGAUGGGGAGCUGCAGUUGGUUCUACCUGUACCAUGAACUUAGUACAAGAUGAUACUGGUGUGUACUGGUGUGAGUCCAGGUCUGGAUCCUCCAGCAGCAGCAGCAUCCAGCUCUCUGUCUCUGGUGGAUCAGUGAUCCUGCAGAGUCCUGUCCUCCCUGUGAUGGAGGGAGAUGACGUCACUCUGAGCUGCAGAGCAAGGAAUCCAACCCACAACCCAGCUGCUUUCUAUAAAGAUGGUGUCUUCAUCGGCAACGAGUCUUCAGGUCACAUGACCCUCAACUCAGUGAAGAAAUCUGAUGAAGGCCUCUAUAAAUGUAACAUCAGAGAUCAUGGAGAGUCUCCAUCCAGCAGGAUCUCUGUCAAAGAGAAACCUCCUACCACCACUCCACCUUCCUCCUCCUCCUCUUCCUCAGAGAAACCCACCAACAUCUCUGACUCUACAGUCCCACCUGGUCCAGGUUCUUCCUCCGUCUCUCUCCUAGUGUUGCUUCCCAGUGCAUCUCUUUGUGUUUUGGUUUUCCUGCUUUUACUGGUUGAACUGGUUGCAUAUUUGUACAGAAAACCAAAGGUGAGACAAACCUCUUGGUUAAAUCUCUUGAUUUCAUUCAUUGAAACUUUUCAGAUCUUCCUGAAAAACUUCCUGGUAACUUUGGAUUCAUUUCAGGUGAUGAAGGAGGAAGAGGAGAGGAUGACAUCACUUCCUGAAACAUCAGGACGUUCCAGAGUAAACAGAAGAAAACCAAACCAGGAACAGGAAAUGGUGAUGAUGUUCAUGUGUUUUUGUUUCUGUUAGAUUUUCAGAUUGAUCAGAAAAUGUUUCCUAAUGAGGAUUUCCUCCAUUUUAGAUUCAGUUCAUGUUAUUUUUUAGAGUCUGAAGAAACAAGUAAUAAUUAAUUCAAAACUCAAAUGGGGAUUAUUUUACAGAUGUUCAUGCAUUUAAUAUAUCUGUCUACAUAAACAGCAUCAGGUUUUAUCUCCUGUCAGCAGCUAAUAACCAAAUAAUGAAUAAAAAUCUAUUAAUGUUGACAUGUUUAAACUGAGCAGAGGAACUGAUCAGCUUCUGGUCUCCAUCAGCCUGAAGUCUCAUUUCAUCACAGGAACAGAAACUAUCAGUUUCUAAACUUAGGAUCACAAUAAAAGUAGAGAUGAAGUUGACUUCACAGGAACACGUCAAGCUGCAGAGUGACGAUGCAAACCACCAACUUCUGCUUCUGUUCUCAGAUCAGAGCUUCUGGGACUUUGACUGGACCGUUUGGGUCUGAAAAGACUCCAAAUAAGGAGAGAAAAACGGCUGGUGAUAAAAAUAAUUCAUGUUCAUGUGGUGGGCGGGUUGCAGGCGGCCAGUGAAGGUGGCCAGUGUUUACUGGUUACUGGUGGAAACGUGUCGCAGACCGCCAUGUUUUCUGCUUUCACAGCCUUUUCCUUCAGGGCGGUUCUAACCUGUUCAGAACCUCCAGAACCUGGUGCUGAAUAGAGGUAGUGUGGUUGAUUUUAGAGAGUCCAAAGUGUAAUGAAAUAUUGAUUAAGUUUGCUAUUGGUCCACUUUACCUAAGAAACUAAAAGAACAUACUGACUACACAACCAGGCUCCAAGAGUUGCUCCCAACAUGAUGAAUUGUUUUGUUACCUUUAAAAUGAUCUGCAGCUUUUGCUCCUUGGUCCUAAUGAUGCAUCUGUUCACUAAUGUUCACUAACCAAUACAGUUCACUUCUAGCUGCUGAUAAGGUUCCAAUGCUAAAGCUUAGAAAUGAUCAAUGCUAAACAUCCGUAUUGUUAAAAAAGAUCAUAUCAGUCACAUUAUAGAAAAUAUCAUCAAACUCAAAGCAAUCAAAAAUAUUAUCUUCACUAACAGGUAAUUUCUCCUUUUCAGGGAUCCUGAACACAAUGAUUGAACUAUACUAUGAAAAUAUUGAAUGUUGUUAUAAGUUGGGCUGGUUGUCAGGAGAUGUUAGUAAGUCUCCAUGAGGGGAUUUAAGAAAAAAAACUCAGAUUCACUGAAUUGUUGGUUGAUAUGUUGCAUAUAUUUGAAUUUGUGCAACAAUCAUCAAAAUAAAAACAGCCAUCUUUUAUACCGAGAACAAAGAAUGGAGGGAGAGAGAGCAGAUUGUUGAUCCAGUGAAUGAACAGCAGGGGGCGUCUUUCAGACUCAGCAAGAGGUACAGGGAGAUAAAGAAUCACAAUAAGUCAUUAACAUCAUUAACAUCAUUAACAUCUGUUCUAUUUAAUCUCGACCUGUUGUCAUGUUUAUUCUGUAUAAAUAUUGAUAAGAUGUGGAACAAAAACAGUCACAUGAAUGAAUGAAUGAAUGAAUGAAUGAAUGAAUGAAUGAAUGAAUGAAUGAAUGAAUGAAUGAAUGAAUGAAUACUCUGUCAGAUUAACACAUUAUAUAUCAUACUGUCCAUUUAUAAGGUUAAAGUAGCUCAUUUGAACAAAUGACAGGGAUUAUAUUAUUUUAGUUAGGAAUGGAACUCAACAUUUUCUCUGUGGUUCUUCACUGGACAAACAUGAAAACAUCCAGAGUCAAUCCUGACAGAAUCAGAUUAAUGUAACAUUGAUAUCUGAUGGAGGAACCCAGAUUAACCAGAGAGAAUCCAGA